AUGGAGGAGUGGAAGCGGCGGCGGGCAGGCUCGGAAACCGGCGGUGGGAGGGACGGCACAUGGCGCCCGGUCGGCCACAUACUUUUCCUGCGCGCCCCUUCUGUGCCUCGCCCCUCCGCACGCGUCUCUCGAACAAUAUCACCCUCACCCAUUGUCGCUCCAUCGCUGCCCGUCAUGUCCAAGGAAUCCAAGGAUGCAAAGGAACGGCACGCGCCGCAUGACAUUGCCACGCGCGUGCAGGCGCUGACGCUCAAGGUCAAUGGCUUCUCGGACAAAGAGAUCCUGGAGCAGACGGGCGUUGCGAGUCGGACCAUCCGGCACAUCUACAGCAGAGCCCGCAAGCGCGGCUUCGAUCCAGAUGUCAGCAAGAAGAUCGAGCUGAAGCACAUUGAGGACGGCAAACGCACCGGCCGCCCGCGCAAGGAUGCAACCGCUACACCGAAGAAGCCCGAUGGCCAGCUGGCCGAGGACCAGCAGCAGGAGCCGUCGCAAGGUCCGCCGUCAGCCUCGCUCGAGGGCCAGCAGCCGCUCCCCCAGCUGUCGCCGCCCCACGAGCAUCCGGACCAGCAGCAGCAGCAGCAGCAGCAGCAGCAGCAGCAAUUGCCGCCGCAGCAACAGCCGCAGCAACAUCAGCUCCAGCAGCAGCAGCCAAAGUAUGCGCAUCCGCCUCCGCCUCAGCACAGUCCUCUCUACGUUCAGCAUCAGUUAAUGUCUUUCGCCGCGCCCAGUGAGCACGAGACUGGCGAGCCGCCGCAGGACGUGGACAUGGAGGAGGCAGACCUGGCUUCGCGCCUGCGCGAACAGCUGACGCAGCCCGACAGCAUCCCCAUGGACCCUGCUGUGGUGGGCGACUCGGCAGGGCGCAAUGAGGCCAUGAGUGUUUACCCGCCGCCGCCUCCCGCGCCGGUUCCCUGA